AUGGGGUGGUGGAGGAGGCAGCAGGCAGACGUGGAUCAAGCCAUCGACGAGGAGGAGGACGGCGGCUGGCACGACACCGUCGAGGAUGCGCCACCGCCGAGCCAGCAAGCCGUGUCAGCUGCCUCAUUCAACACUGCACACCACGAGCGUGAACUCGCGGAGUUGAACGGUGUCGUCGAGGCGCGUGUGGCCGCGCUUUCUCGUGCCACCAUCGAGCACGAGAACGCGCGUCUGGAUGACCGCCGGGUCAUAGGUGAGUUGGUCGCGCGGAGGGCCGCGCUGGUUGCCAUAGUGGGUGCUUGCUACCUGCUCGAGCUCCCCUCGCCCGAGCGUGUGAUGAUUCAGCGCAACGCGGGGCACCUUUCGCCGGCUGCUCCGCGCGUGGACGUGGUGGGUCUCACGUAUCACCGGCUGGGACGGCUCGAGACGGAUCGGACGGCUGAAGGCGCCCGCUGGCUUCCUUCGUUCGGGAGCGCGUCGUGGGUCCCACAUAUUACCGGCUGCCUUUAUAUAACGUUCCCCAAUUCUCCCUUCAUCCCGCUCCAAUACAGAGAUCCAUGCCCACCCCACCUCGGCCUCCUGCCGCCUCCCCCCUCCCUCCAGAAGAGAUUCCACUUCUGCGUCGCCGGCGCUAUGAAGUGCUCCGACGGCGACGUGUUGGGGUUCUCCGUCGGGUUGGGCAGCCGCAAGCGUUCGCCGGAGUACCCCUGCGUGUCGCGCCUUCGCCAGCGGCGACUCCUCGCCUUGCUCAAUCGGCAGGAACUCUACAACACCUUCGACGCGCUUAUCUGCGAGUCGGAUGCGCUCAUGUACCCGGGGCAUCUCACCAAGCUCGUGGAGGCGGGCCGGUGGGAGGAGGCAUUCCACUACCUCUCCCGCUUCCUGCCGUCCGACCGUCUGCUCUCCGUCCACGGCCGCACACUCCUCCACUUUCUCCGCGUGCACAAGGCCAUCGACGACAUCGUUGCCGGAGCGCCCGAGGGCCGCGCCGUCUCCGCGGCUCUCAAGCUCUGCUUCACCCUCGACGCUUUCCGCAGCAAGGGCAUCAUCAAGCUCCGUGCGAUGCUCUGGUCACUCGUCUGCUACACCGAAAAAAGGGACUCCCUGGACUUGGACCGGGUCAGAGACAAGGCGGCGUCCAUCAUCGUUGACUUGAUUUCUCAAACUCCAGAGCUGAAAGACCAUAUGAGAUGCGCCCGCGGUCCAGUGAAACCCCACAACGUACUCCCCAUCGGCUUCGGUUUCCGUCCAAGGCGCCACGUGAGGAAGCGAGGCCCCAUCCCAGGCUCUCUUCUUGUCAGCCACUAUCUUCGUAAGAGGAGGAUGCUUCCUUCUUCAACUUCAACUUCAACUCACUGUGAAGCGUUAAGUUUUGCAUCCUUAAUUGAGGCAAAGGGACGGAUGGUGGAUCUUGUUGAUACAACUUUGAAAGAGGGUAAGCGAAAUCAAGGGUGCCCACUUCAAUCUGUCUCUAACAAAGGUGCUCCUGUUGGUCCAGUAUCACAGACUAAUCUUGGUGCAUCCAGGACUCCAGCUACACAUUCUAGCCUGUCAUUGGACACCGACCUUGAGCUCAAGGUGAGGGAAUGGGCAGUUUAUCUUACAGAUGAUCGGUUAGAAGCCUGGCCAGACACGAGUCAAGGGUAUCUGCAUAUUCGUCGAUCUGUCGACAAGGGUGUUGCCCAAGUCUCACAGACUAUCCCUGAUACCUGGACGACGCCUGCUGAAAGUUCUGCAAUUCCAUCAUUCACAAAAGCCGAUGCUCCAUCCUUGUUGCAGGUGAAACGACCUGCUAUGUAUCAAUAUGGGAUUUCACCAGUGGCAGAUGCAGGUGUUCUACCCUCACAGGCCAUGUCUGCUAUGUGGCCAUGUCCUUAUGAUCGCCCUUUCAUUUCAACAGUGAAAAAUGCAGGUGCUCUGUCCUCUAAGGGCAUUUCUAAUAAUUGUGCAUCUCCUUAUGAAUACUCUGUGGUCUCAAUAGUGAAAAAUACAGGUACUCUACCCUCAGAGACCAUGUCAGCUAUCGGGGCAUCUCCUUCUGAAAUCUCUCUGAUCUCAGCAGUGACAAAUGCAGGUACACAUGAGCAUUUUAGUGGAGAACAUUGCUAUACUGAGAAUGGUUGCCCGGGUUUCAGUCCAAGGAAGAAUCCAAGGAUGGAACUGACAACUGUGGCAAGGCCAUAAUCCAAAAAGGCAACGGACA